AUGCCUAAAUAUUCUUUUAAUUGUCGAGAAAUACAAAAUUUAUUAAAUGGAAUUGUUUGUUUAUUCAAGCCAAGAGAUAUUCCUUUAUCUGCUUUACAAAGAUUGUUUUUAAAAGAAAUUUGUGAUCAAGCAAAUGUGAUUGCUCAAUGUCGUCCACUCCCAUUAAUUGAAAUGCCAAUAGUUGAAGAACAUAAAGAAACUGGUUCUCUUUUAAUUGUUGGAAAACGGCAACAAAUUGAUUACAGUUUGCACCCUUCAAUUGUUGGGGAAAUGUUUAGACCAGAAGAAUUUCAAAUGGAACCGUUAAAUCCUUUAGAACCAUCCAGUUCUGGUGUCUGUGUUUUUGGUCUCAAUGAUGGUUGUGAUCGUUUAGAGGCUAUUCGAAGUUUAGCCUGGGUUAAUGAAUAUUUUAUUGAAGCAGAAUUGGGUAGAGGUACUCAUCUAAACUCUAUAAGAGGAACUGUUAAUUCAAGAAUGGAAUAUGAUCAUGUUUCUCAACCUCGAUUAAAUACUUUACUUUCUCUUCUGCGUUUACAAUACAAAAAGGCAUCUUUUGAAUUUGCAAAUUUAAAUAUGCAAAGUCAACAAGCUUUUGAAUUAGCUAGGCGUGGAGCCCCCAGACCAAGAGUUCUUGGAAGUCCAUUAAUUUUUGGUUUAGAUUUAUGUUAUUUUAAACUUCCUUAUUUUAAAUUAAAUAUUCAAAUAAAUGUGAUUUUAUACACGAAAUUGGAUUAAAUCUGUCAACAGUUGCAAGUACUAGAAAAUUACGGCGAACAAGACAAGGCUUUUUUGGGAUUGAACACGCACUUUUAGACAAACAUUUCCAUUUAGAAUCUGUUUUAAAAAAUAUUUUAAUGUGCGAAAAAAUUUUGGCAAAAAAUUUGGAAAAUUUAAAUUGUGAAAUUAUUGAAUUAAAUGAAGAUAAUGAAGAAAAAGAAAAUAAAUUUUUGGAACGUUAUAAAUUAAAAAAUGAAGAUUUGGAAAAUGAAAAGUUGCCUGAAUUAGAAGAUUGCUUGAAAUUACCUUUUGGAAGAGAAUAUAAAAUUUGUUAAUUU